AUGACGUAUUCUGACAUCAGUCUGACUGACAUCAUACAGAUGACGUAUUCUUACAUCAGUCUGACUGAUAUCAUACAGAUGACGUAUUCUUACAUCGGUCUGACUGAUAUCAUACAGAUGACGUAUUCUUACAUCAGUCUGACUGAUAUCAUACAGAUGACGUAUUCUUACAUCGGUCUGACUGACAUCGUAUGGAUGACGUAUUCUUACAUCGGUCUGACUGACAUCAUACAGAUGACGUAUUCUUACAUCGGUCUGACUGAUAUCAUACAGAUGAGGUAUUCUUACAUCAGUCUGACUGACAUCGUAUGGAUGACGUAUUCUUACAUCAGUCUGACUGAUAUCAUACAGAUGACGUAUUCUUACAUCAGUCUGACUGAUAUCAUACAGAUGACGUAUUCUUACAUCAGUCUGACUGAUAUCAUACAGAUGACGUAUUCUUACAUCGGUCUGACUGACAUCGUAUGGAUGACAUAUUCUUACAUCGGUCUGACUGACAUCAUACAGAUGACGUAUUCUUACAUCGGUCUGACUGAUAUCAUACAGAUGACGUAUUCUUACAUCAGUCUGACUGACAUCGUAUGGAUGACGUAUUCUUACAUCAGUCUGACCGACAUCGUAUGA